AUGGGCGGCCUCGCCCUGGGAGAUCGGGGCGGGUCGGCGGGGGGAUCAGGCUCGCCUCGUCUGCUUGGCAGUGGCGCACCUGCGUCCGUCGACAAGUCACCCUCGUCCUCGUCCGCUGCACUCGGGCUCAGGCUUGGCGGCGGAGGUGGUGGUAACAGCGGCGGAAGUAGCUCCGAGCAUCAGCAACGCCACAUUGGAUCCGUCCCCGACGACUGGCCCAUGUACUCUUCCCAGCCCGACGACUACGUCAUUGGCCCCAGCAUCGGUUUCGGAGCCAGCAGCACCGUGUACCAGGCCAGCUUCCGUCCUCUUAACGGCCGCGCCUGCGCAGUAAAGGUUAUCGAUCUGGAGGCUUUUGGCCGCGAUACGGACGAGUUGCGACGCGAGACGCAGCUCAUGUCCCUAUCAAAGCAUCCAAAUGUGCUCAGGGUCCGAGGUUGCUGGGUCGAAGGAAGCAAGCUGCACAUUGCCACACGCCUCAUGUCCAGCGGGUCCAUGCUCGAUAUCAUGCGUUUCGGCUGGUCAGACGGUUUCGACGAGAUCGUCAUUGCUACAGUACUGAGGCAGGCUCUCGAGGGCUUGAACUAUCUCCACAUCAAUGGCUGGUUGCACCGCGACCUCAAAGCGGCCAAUAUGCUCGUCGACGAUGAUGGCACUGUGUUGUUGGGCGACUUUGGCGUAGGCAAGGAGAAUAUCGACGAGGGAUGGGCAGAGGGCAAACGAAAGAGCUUUGUAGGGACGCCUUGUUGGAUGGCACCAGAGGUCGUCGAGCGCAAAGGCUACGGAACCAAAGCCGAUAUCUGGUCGUUUGGCAUUACUGCCUUGGAGCUGACACAAGGCAGGGCACCUUAUUCACGGCUACCGCCGGUCAAGGUGCUCAUGAAGACGUUGCAAGAGGAUCCACCUACUCUCGACCGCACAGGUGGCGCACACAAGUACUCCAAAGUCUUUGAUGAUUUUGCCAGGCUUUGUCUCCAGAAGGAUCCCACCAAGAGACCAAGCGCCGAGAAAUUGCUCCAGCACGGCUUCUUUCGCCAAGCCAAGAACAAGAAGCACCUCGUCAGCACUGUUCUUGCUGGCCUUCCUCCGCUCGCGGAGCGACAAGAACGCCGAAGGGCCAUGUCAAUC